AUGAGCGACAAUCCACCAUGGCUGGACAACCUUUCCGACGAUUGGGUGCCCGUCCCUGUGCCUGGAACCCCAACCAGCCCGGUCCCCUCUCGGUCCAUCUCUCAUUCCCGCCAGUCCAGCUUACAAAACUCUCCUAGUCGCAUUCCUGUUCCCGCGCGUCGCUCUGUCGCCCCGUCGCCUUCGCCUGUUGAUAACAAAAAGAAGGUUUCCCGGCCCUGUCAUUUCGUGAAAAGGGAACCGCCCACGCCGAAAACCCCUCGUACCCCCAAGACCCCGUCCAAGUUGCGAUCUCCAGUCCCCGAUAAGACGAAAAAGAGUCCCCGACCAAACCCGCCGUCCAGGCGUAAACAAUCGUCCACCAUGGACACGAGAUCGCCGUUGCGGUCGGUCUCGAACGCCUCCGGUCAGUCGGUCCAGCAAAGCACCGUCCAAAUCAAACCAAAGAAGGCCAAGGGCAGCGAAGGGACCCCCGAAUGGCGGAGGAGGCUGGUCCAUGGCGAUAUCCCUUCCGGUGAACAGCGCGAUCUUUUUGCCCCCAUUGGACUCGAGAGUGUGUUCAAGCCGCCCACCCCCGGAACCGAGAAAACGCAAGACGAAGCCAUUUCUAGAAUGAAACACUCGGAUAGCGUCUGGGACUUCUCUACGUCUUCAGAACGACGCGACAAUGCUACCUCGAACGGUGCCCCCGGUGAUGGUCAACAUGAGUUUGGUGAAAGUGCCGGCCAUUCUUCCUCUCCGAAAAGCCCCCGAUCUCCGACCAUGUCGUCACGUCACGAUCAAGGAGAACCCAGGUCAACUCCAGGAAGCCCCCGAGGAUCGCACAGUGGGAUGCUGGAUGUAAGGAAAGGGCCUACGAAAUUUGUGACAAACCAAGGUGAUGGCCAUGAGGAUUCCUGGAAUGGCACCCAAAUGAGAUCCGCAAGUGGCUUGGAAGAUAUGCGAAAUGAGGACUUCACGCCCAUCACUUUCUCACAGCCGAACACAAUGGACGGAAACGCUGCAUCAGAAGUGAUAAGGUCCGCGUUAAAGAAAGUGACAAACAAGCUCGAGAGACUACAAUUGCCGCCAUAUGAACGGCCCGACUCCCCGGCAAGUGAUAGCUUCCUGCUAAAUCAACCGUCGGAGGCUCCCGUCGACCCGUUACCGGAAGAUGAUCUACUGGAUGUCACUAGUCAUUCUCUGCCCAAGGACCUCUCCAUGGGGACGCUGGAUUUCCGGGGCCGUGGAGCUUUUGCGCACUUGCGACGAGACGACUAUCUGAACGAAGGCUCUUUCCAGAAGCUACAUCUGUCCCCGCCACCCUUUCCCUCCGAACGACUGUCACCGUUCCUGCCUCCCAACCAGAGAAUCCGGAGCUCACCACCUUUCUACCAGAAGACUAAUCCAGUAACGGAUCCCCCGACGCUUCCUCGACCAUCAUCUGCGCAUGUUGCUGUUCGACCCGGAACCGGAAGAACCGACGUCAUGCCGUCUUCAGGCAGCCCUUUGAAGCUGUUCGGGAAUCAUGAUACUUUUACAAACAACAGGCUGUUGCGACGAAUGAGCCAAUUUGAAGAAACCUACGGAGGUUUCUCUGAGGAUGAUGAGCCCGUGUCCCCCUCGGAAGAGGCGCGGCGCAAGGGCGAGUCGAGGAGUUUCAUGAGCGCCCAACAAGACGCGUUGGGUGAGGCCAGCAUUAGAAGACACGAGCGGCCGAGAUCGCGGAACACGCCGAACCCUCGACUCAACCGAUUUGGUGACGGGGAACUAGACCAUUUUGACUUCUCUGAUACCAGCCCGUAUGAGCCAAAGCUGCUCAAUAAUGAAGCUCUCGGCUCUAAUCGGAGGUCAUCUUCGCGGAGACUCUCUAUCGAACGGGGAUAUCUGGGUCGUCGUUCGUAUAGAAACCAAAGCCUUGAUGGUGGGUCAAACAGAUCAACGAAGAAUCACAAGUCAGCGGAGGCGUCCGAAUCGUUCCCGAGUGCCAAUGCCACUGAGAAACAAGGCCUAUGGACCGUUGAAGAGUUCUACCAGUCUGAAACGGGAUCAAGGCCGCACUCCCCCGCUAAAGACCCCCACCCAAAGAGGCGCCGUACCCUUCUUCAAUCUCAGAGUCUCAUGCAAGAUGAUGCCGGAUCUGGAAAGGUCACAGGUCAGGCUCCGGAUAACCUCACGUUGUUACAAAGGAGUUUGAUGCAACACGGUGUAACAGAUGAGGACAACGAACGUUUUCUACGCUCUCAAUCAGCGUACCGACCCAACACCUCGACUCCGAGUCAGAUGAGAUCGCUCUCGAGGAAAAGGCCAUCGUCAAGCCGGAAUCACAAUCGUCUUGGGCAUGAUGACCAUGGCAAUCACACCCUCUCCCCGCCGGACAACGUGAUACCGAUUGUGACAGUCAAUGGCGUCAACACGGAAAUUCGGAAAGGGUCAAUUACUACGCAGGAUUUCCUCAACGAGGCAACCAAGAUUAUGGAUAUAAUCCGAUCCAAGGGCCGGUCUGCUGGCGGACUCUCCAGUGUAGAGGAGUCAGAUGCUGAGGACCAGGACGAGAGCGGUAGUUAUGAAGACGAAUCCACUCGCGAAGAAUUCUCGCGCCCUCCGAGCCGGGAGGGGGUCGAUAUGCGGAAGCUAAGGGAAACUCAGGAGCCAAACCCUCGUGUACUGAGUCAUCUGAAAAAGUUCCAAGAGGAUGAUGACCUAGAAUUUGAAGUCAAUGGGUCCGAUAUGUCCUUGAACUUGGAUCAAGAUGAGACUCGCUCCGAAAGUGCAAACUCGAUUUGGGAGGAAAGCGAAGGAAAUGAGAAGAAUGAUAAAACCGACGCUGAGGCCCAAAAUCUGGACGCUGAACAACAUACACGUAGAUCGUCGGCCCCAACUGAAGAUGGCGAAGAAGACGAUGAUCUUCCUGACCUUUUAACUAUCAACACUCAUUUUUCCGGCAAGAGCCUCAGUGCACGUUCCAUACCCACAGGCUCUUCUUCGCAGAGCUCGCAUGCAAAAGGUGUCCUGUCGUCAGACAUCGUGUCCCACCUGAUUCCGGAGCAGGUGAAUGGCCUCACAUACGACCGUUAUAGAAACCAAUGGGUGAAGGAAGGGGUUCAGAAGUCUCCGGGCAAGCCCAAGGGCGAGGAGAGCGAGGACGACCCGUUCAAGGAUAUUCCUGACCUUAGCGUGGAUGAGCUCCAGGAGAUGAUGAGAAUGCAGAGCUCUCUUUCUCCCGACAAAACCAAGGGAUCUUCGGUCCGGGGUGAAGACAACGCGCGCCAGAGCUCGCCCAGCCCACGAAAGGCUUCCAAUCAGUCGGAGCGGCGCCCGCAAACGAAAGAAGGCGACCCUUCGGUCAAUUUCAGCUCCAUUCAGUCAAAAACCACGCCCUUUACGUCUAGGUUUUCCAACUCGGAGACCAGAGCUACAUCUUGGGGAUCCGAGGCCCGCAGGACGAGCAAAUCAACCAGCGAGGUCGAGCAUGAGAUUCAGCUACACGAAGGGCGCCUGUCCAAGCUACCGCGGCGCCAACAAGAAAACCGCCAACAAGCUCGGGUUGUGACCAUCAGCUUCUCGUCGCCACUGGUCUCACAGAUCGCAUUUGAUGAAGAUGAAAGCCCCACCAAACUCCGACAAAAUCAAGAGAUCCAGCAGCCUGAGCAUGGCCCUGCCUGUGUCGAGGCGGGCAAUUCCAGUCGUCCGCCGGAUACCCUGCUACCAGAGCAGAAGUCGCUGGACCCUGGUGCGAUACCGGAUCUCGAUAACAGAGGAGAUUUAAGUUUGAUUCGAAGAGGCUCUCAUGGGUCUGUGGCAUCUACGCCGGACAAGAGCAAUUUUAAUGAUUCGCUGGUUCCCUUCCAACAUUUAGGACCAGACACGACCUAUAGCUUCCAUCUAAGCCCAUUGCCCGACUUCACUAUUGACCAGAUCGAUCAACCACUUCAUCUUGAGGUUAGCUACGUGGCUCAGCGGACUCACCCGACAUCGCUACGCCAGGUCCACGGCACGUUUGCCUUGGCUACUGAGGAUUUGGUGAAGCAUAUCACCGAAGCCGAACCAUUCGAACCGUACUGGGAAAAUGUGAGACGACUGGUUCUACGGCACAAGGGGUUAAUUACUCUUCAUAAGCUCUGCGAUUUCUGCCCCCGACUGGAAGAUUUGGAUGUGACCGGCAACGACAUUGGUCAACUAGGUGGUGUUCCUCCCAGCCUAAGGACUCUAAAUAUUCAGGACAACUGUCUCUCGAACCUCACAGCUUGGGGCCACUUGACCAACUUGCAGUAUCUCGACGUGUCCGGGAACGAACUCGAAAGCUUAGACGCGUUCAGCAGCCUUAUUCACCUCAGAGAGCUUAAAGCCAACGACAAUAAUAUCACAAACAUCGAAGGCAUAUUUGAUUUGGACGGGCUAUUGAGCUUGCAAUUAAGAAAUAAUAGCUUGACCACGGUCGACUUUGGCCGAGCAGAAUUGACUCGCUUGCAUGAUCUAGAUCUAAGCCACAAUCAACUUUCCUCCAUCCGCAACCUUGACUCACUUCCCUCCCUGUCCGCCCUUGAUCUUCGCUACAAUCAACUCGACGGACUUGAAACCACAGCCGCUUUACCUAAUCUCCAAUCGCUGAAGCUCUCCAAUAAUAUCCUGCGCACGCUCGACGUCGGGGCAUUCCCAUCCCUAAACCUGCUUUAUGUCGACCAAAAUUUCUUGCGCAGCGUCUCUGGUCUCGAUAAAUGCCAAUUCUUGGAGGUCCUCUCUGCUAGAGAACAAAUGAAUGGAGACGUUGAUGGUGGCAUUUUCGACAUCGAUUUGGGUUUGGUGAAAGAUCUUCGGAAGGUCUUCCUCUCUUCAAACAGACUCUCUAUGCAGAGCCUUUCGCCUUCCUCGCCCCUUUUAAGCUUGCGGCUACUGGACGUAGCCUCCUGCAGCAUCCAGGGGCUUCCUGUGGAUUUUGCUUCGAGCUUUCCCAAUGUGGUGGUCCUCAAUCUCAAUUUCAACUCCCUCACAGGUCUGAACGAACUAUCGGGCUUGAAGUGCCUUGCUCGGUUAGCAGCAGCCGGAAAUAACAUCACACGGCUGCGACGUCUCUGUCAAGUAUUGAGCCAUAUUGGGAGAACAAGUAAGGGAAGAGCCUGCUCUCUACAGAAAGUCGACAUCCGUGGCAACCCCCUCACCGUCCGAUUCUAUCCCCCUGCUGUCAUUGGAAACGGCAAAGCGAACGUGAAGAAGCUGAAGGCGAAAGAGGAGCUUGGCCAACGACGCCAGGACGGCUUGGACCUUCCCUCUGCCCUAGCCGAGUUUGCGCACGGUGGAGACGUCACGCACCCAGCUACUGUAGGCGAGGACGAAUUGCCGAAUCCUGCCAAGGAGAUCGAGAUCGAUGAUCCCUACACCCUUCCGCUCGCCGAUCCUUUGGCUGAUCAGAGAUACUUGUCCCACUUGGAUGAGGCAACGCGACUCCGCAGACGAGUCUUCGAGCUCAUGCUAUAUGCAGGAACCGGGGGUUCAAUUCGCCUUUUGGACGGCUUGGAGCUGAGACCCUCUGUGGAUGAAGGUUCCGACAUGGACCGGGCCUGGGCAAAACUCGAAAAGCUCGGUGUUCUCAAGAAGAAAGCCAUCACUGCAUAAAUUGCCUGUUCUUUUUUACUUAGCAUCGUAUGAUUCAUGAUAUCCUGGGGUGCAGCUGCACGGAGUUUUGAUAUCAUUGGGUUGGAUUACUGUCUUGCUUUCUGUUCUUGAUAUUUUUGUUUCUUGAUUCUACAUAGCGGAUGGUUGGUUGUUGGGGUUGGCGUUAAAACGGCUACGUGAAGGGGCUGGCUGCAUACCAGGAGUUCUGGAAACUCAUCACACUUGCUGUAUUCUACUUCAAGCGGACUAUUCCCCCCAUAUCAUAUCCGGUGCACA